CACUUGCCAUGCUGGGGAUUGAAAGAUGCUCAAAAAUGAUAAAGGAUCGAAGUAGAGAAAUUUAAAAGAAAUUCGGCCAGAGAUGGAUUCAAGUCAAGAUGGACAGACCUAAACUUCUUGCUUGAGCCCCAAGACGAGUGGGAUCGGGCUUUCGUUUCCUGGCUGAGUCUGUCUCAUGAGUCGACCUGCUUGACUGCCCCUCUGCACCGCCAACAUGCCAGUACUGGACCGAGAGCCCUCCAAGGAUUUAGGGGGCGGAGAUGGUCUGUCAAAGCUGCCGCUCCCCAGCCUGAAAGACACACUGGACAUGUACCUGAGAUGCAUGAAGCACCUGCUCACAGAGGAACAGUUUAAUAAGACCCAAAACAUAGUGAAGCAGUUCGGAGCCCCUGGAGGAGUGGGAGAGCGACUACAGAGCAAACUCGAGGAGAGGAGGAAAAACAAGGCAAACUGGGUGUAUGACUACUGGCUGAAUGACAUGUACCUGAACAACAGACUGGCUCUGCCCGUCAACUCCAGCCCUGCGAUGGUCUUCCCACAGCAGAACUUCAGGGCUCCCAUCGACUCUUUAAGGUUUGCUGCACACUUAAUUUCUGGAGUUUUGGAGUACAAAACUCUUCUUGAUGGACGUGCCCUGCCUGUGGACUAUGCUCGGGGCCAGCUGGCUGGGACCCCUCUGUGUAUGGAGCAGUAUUAUCGCCUGUUCACCUCCUACCGCCUACCUGGGCCUGAGAGGGACACACUAGUGGCCCAGGAGAGCAGUGUGAUGCCAGAACCUGAACACAUCAUUGUGGCUUGUAAAAACCAGUUCUUCGUGCUGGAUGUGGUCAUCAACUUCCGCCGACUGAAUGAAAGAGAUCUGCUGACUCAGCUGGAGAAGAUUGUCAAGAUGGCUGACAGUGAAGAGGAGCAACUCCCACCUAUAGGUCUUCUCACCUCUGAUGGACGUACUGAGUGGGCAGAAUCUCGCAGUGUGUUGAUGAGAGAGUCCACUAACAGGGACUCUCUGGACAUGAUCGAGCGUUGUCUUUGCCUGGUUUGUCUGGAUGACGCCAGUGGUCCUGAGCUAAGUGACACCACACGUGCCAUGUUGAUGCUGCAUGGAGGAGGAGUGGCCAAGAAUGGUGGCAACCGCUGGUACGACAAGCCCAUGCAGUUUGUUGUAGGAGCUGACGGCUGCUGUGGAGUUGUAUGUGAACACUCACCAUUUGAAGGAAUUGUCCUUGUGCAGUGCACAGAGUAUCUACUCAAAUACAUGAUUGGCAGCCCGUCAAAGCUGGUCAGGGCUGCAAGUGUGAGUGAGCUGCCUGCACCGCGCAGACUCCGCUGGAAAUGUACUCCAGAGAUUCACAAACUCCUCGCGUGUUCUGCUGACAAACUCCAGAGGCUGGUGAGAAAUCUGGACAUGAAUGUCCACAAGUUCUAUGAUUAUGGGAAAGAGUUUAUCAAGAAGCAGAAAAUGAGUCCAGAUGCCUAUAUCCAGGUGGCUCUUCAGUUAGCCUACUACCGAUGUCACGGUAGACCAGUGUCGACCUAUGAGAGUGCUUCCAUACGACGUUUUCAGGAAGGCAGAGUGGACAACAUUCGCUCAGCCACACCCGAAGCCCUGGCCUUUGUCAAAGCAAUGACUGAUGGGAUGCUCAGCACAAGCGAUACAGAAAAGAUGGAAAUGUUACGAGGUGCCAUAACUGCACAGACAAAGUAUACUAUUCUGGCUAUUACAGGAAUGGCAAUAGACAAUCACCUACUUGGACUACGUGAAAUUGCACAUGAACUGAAGAUAGAGAAGCCAGAGAUAUUUAAAGAUGAAGCCUAUCUCAUCAGUAAUCAGUUCAUUCUCUCUACAAGUCAGGUCCCGACCACUGUUGAGAUGUUUUGCUGCUACGGACCCGUGGUUCCUAAUGGCUAUGGAGCGUGCUACAAUCCUCAGUCAGACCACAUUCUCUUCUCUGUGUCCAGUUUCCACGAGAGCCCGCAGACAUGUUCAGCAGAAUUUGUCAAGUGUCUGGUGCAGGGACUCCUGGACAUGAGGGAUCUGUGCAACAAAUGCAACUGUGGCUCAAAUCCAACCGAGCAAAGAAAGGAGAAACACACGCAAACGGAAACAAACUGGCAAAACAAAAUGCAGAGACCAUCCGAUUUAACCAAGAACCCGCAAACACUGCCACAGGUUCUGGUGAAGACAGCAGACCAGACUACAGUGGAGGCUCAAACCCAGACCUCAUCACAGGGAGAGGCACAAGGUUUGAAGAAUGGGAGUAAAUCUUAGGAGACUGUCAGUUCCAGUGAAAACAGUGGUGGUGUGAUUUUAAAUGUAUGUUUUUGUGCUGCAAUAACCUCAUGAGUCAUUCACUAAAUAUACACCAUAACUGUGAUACAAAUGUAAUGUGAAGCUGUGGUCUUAUAUAGAGUAUUGUUAAAUGUACCAUGUGCUAGUGAUCAUCUAAUCUACUAUACUCUUAGAGAAUAUUAGAGGUGUUUGGUCAUUGUAGAUGACAUUUUCUGCUGUUGUUACAGACACACACACACACAAAAAAUCAAUAUAAACAGGAUUUUAAAUGUCAAAAUAGCUAAUAGAUGUAGAUACUAAUUUGAGCCAAAUUUGAACUUUUGAUUGUCGUUUCACACUGAAUUGAGAUGAAUCAGCCAAAGAAAAAAAGUAAAUCUAUUGUUGGAUGAUGACAACAAGAUUGGUGGGAAAUGAGCAAACAUAAUAUGAACAUAAACACAAACAUUCAUUCUCCCAUGUCUGCAUCAUUUUGUCCGUGGGGUCUGUCAGUCAGUUUGACAGGGCAAAAAUACGUCUGAGAGUUAUGACAAAUGGUUGAUUGUCUCAGUAUGUGUCAAUUUGAAAAAUCGCAUGCUGCUAUCUAAUGAUUUUCUGAAGAUUAUUGUACAUUGUGAAACUACAAUCUUCUAUGCAAUGUCCAUCUAUGUUGUCUUCAUAAAUUGUUGUCUAUUGCACCACCAGUACAUGUGGUAUAAAAAAAAAAAUCUUUUUUUUUAAAAGUAUCCUUUCAUAAAAUCAUUAGACAUUCAAUUCAGACCAUACUCUACUCCAUACAAUGGGACUUAAAGUGUGUUUGUAUAAAUAAUACACAAAAAGCAACUGACUAAGAUUUUCAAAGGAUACUUUUUAGUUUAUCAAAGAAUGUUAAGUGUGAUCAGCUGUGUAUUUGUAAAUUUAUGUGCAGAAGAUUAAUUUAUUUAUUUUUGUAUGAUAUAAAUGUAUGUAAGAUGUAAAUGUCAGUUUGAAAAGUAAGUAUGUGAAACUUACUAAACAGAGGUGAUCACUGUGUUUAUGACUGUCAAAUUGUAUUUAUAGAAUAUAGUUAAAGAUUAAAACAAAGAAACCAAAAUAAA